GGUCGCGCAGGCGCAGUGUAGCGGCCGGGUUGAUCCUGUGUGUAUGUGAGAGUCUGACGGGUUCAAAAUGGCGGCGACUGCUCCUGUGAAAGGACAAAGGAGAAGAAGAGACCUGGAGGAAGAGGAGGAAGACAGUAGCCCCGGCGUAUCCUUCUCACUCUCUUCAGAAGAGUCAGAGAUGGAGCCUGAGGAAGAGAGGAUCCGUUACAGCCAAAGAUUGCGUGGCACAAUGAGGCGGCGCUAUGAAGAUGAUGGCAUCUCUGAUGAUGAAAUUGAAGGAAAGAGAACAUUUGACCUGGAGGAGAAACUCUCCACCAACAAAUUCAAUGCCAACUUCGUCCUCUUUAUGGAAGGCAAAGACUUCAGUGUUGAGUACAUCCAGCGGGGUGGCCUGAGAGACCCUUUGAUUUUCAAGAACUCUGACGGGCUCGGAAUAAAGAUGCCAGAUCCUGACUUCAGUGUGAAUGACGUGCGACUAUAUGUAGGGAGCCGGCGGAUGGUGGAUGUCAUGGAUGUGAACACACAAAGGGACAUUGAGAUGUCCAUGGCACAGUGGGCACGCUACUAUGAGACCCCAGAGGAGGAGCGGGAGAAAUUGUAUAAUGUCAUCAGCUUGGAGUUCAGUCAUACGAGGCUGGAGAACCUGGUGCAGAGACCUGCUACGGUGGAUUUGAUUGACUGGGUUGACAACAUGUGGCCAAGACACCUAAAGGAGAGUCAAACGGAGUCUACAAAUGCCAUUCUGGAGAUGCAGUAUCCCAAGGUGCAAAAGUACUGUCUGAUGAGUGUUAAGGGCUGCUACACAGAUUUCCAUGUGGACUUUGGCGGCACCUCCGUAUGGUACCACAUUCACCGAGGGGGAAAGAUCUUCUGGCUGAUCCCGCCAACACCCCAGAACCUGGAGCUCUACGAGAAUUGGCUGCUGUCAGGGAAACAGGGGGACAUCUUUCUUGGUGACAAAGUGUCAGACUGUCAACGAAUUGAGCUCAAGCAGGGCUACACGUUCGUCAUCCCCUCAGGUUGGAUCCAUGCUGUGUACACUCCCACUGACACUUUGGUUUUUGGGGGCAACUUCCUGCACAGCUUCAACAUCCCCAUGCAACUACGAAUCUACAACAUUGAAGACCGCACACGGGUCCCAAAUAAGUUUCGCUACCCUUUCUACUAUGAGAUGUGUUGGUAUGUGCUGGAACGCUACGUUUACUGCAUCACCAGCCACUCCCACCUGACCAAGGACUUCCAGAAGGAAUCACUCAGCAUGGAUAUGGAGUUGAGCGGCUUGGAGCCGGGGAACAUGGAUGAAGAGGACGAUGCAGCAGGGAGAGAGCUCAGGCGCCCAGUCACCAGACGAUCAAUCCUCACAAGCCCUGUGGCUAAUGGUGCCAACCUAGACUAUGAUGAACUAAGCAGAAGCUGCAGGAGCCUGCCAGGCCUUAAGAGAACUCUGUCUAUGGACUCCUCUGACUCCAGCCGGGGCUCCCACAACGGUCAGGCCUGGGAUCCCCAUGGCAGCUGUCCUUUCAAGUACAGGAAGGUGCAUCUGACCCAGUUCGAACUGGAAGGUCUACGCUGCCUGGUGGACAAGCUGGAAUCACUGCCUCUGCACAAGAAAUGUGUCCCCACAGGCAUAGAGGAUGAAGACGCCCUCAUUGCUGAUGUUAAGCUGCUGCUGGAAGAACACGCAAACAGUGAUCCCAAACUGGCACUUACAGGAGUCCCUAUCAUCCAGUGGCCCAAGAGAGACAAGCUAAAGCUCCAGGCCCGACCGAAGGUGCGCCUGCCCACCAUCCCCAUCACCAAGCCUCACACCAUGAAGCCAGCCCCACGCCUGGCACCUGUAAGGCCCACAGUGUCUCCAAUAGUUUCAGGAGCACGACGGAGGCGAGUGCGGUGCCGUAAAUGCAAGGCCUGCAUGCAAGGCGAGUGCGGCAUGUGCCACUACUGCAGGGACAUGAAGAAGUUUGGGGGGCCUGGUCGCAUGAAGCAGUCCUGCGUCCUCCGGCAGUGCUUAGCGCCCAGGCUGCCUCACUCGGUCACGUGCGCACUUUGCGGGGAGGUGGAUCAGAAUGAGGAUUCACAGGACUUUGAGAAGAAGCUCAUGGAAUGCUGCAUCUGUAAUGAGAUAGUUCACCCUGGUUGCCUGCAGAUGAACGGGGAAGGGCUGCUGAAUGAUGAAUUGCCCAAUUGCUGGGAGUGUCCAAAGUGCUACCAGGGUGAUGACUCGGAGAAGGGCCAGAAGCGAAAGAUGGAGGAGAGUGACGAGGACAUAGUGCAGGCCAAAGUCCUGCGACCCCUGCGGAGCUGCGAGGAGCCCCUGACACCCCCGCCACACUCGCCCACCUCCAUGCUGCAGCUGAUCCACGACCCGGCAUCGCCACGGGGUGUGGUGACGCGCUCAUCCCCGGGGGCUGGCCCCAGUGACCACCACAGCGCCAGCCGGGACGAGCGCUUCAAGCGGCGGCAGCUACAGCGACUCCAGGUCACAGAACGCACCAUGGUGCGGGAGAAGGAGAACAACCCCAGUGGCAAGAAGGAGCUGUCAGAGGUGGAGAAGGCCAAGCUGCAUGGCUCCUACCUUACGGUCACGCUGCAGAGGCCCGCCAAAGACCUGCAUGGCACCUCUAUUGUGCCCAAGCUGCAGGCCAUCACCGCCUCCUCCACUAAUCUGCGGCACUCUCCCCGCGUGGUCGUGCGCCACUGCCCAGCCAGGACGCCCCAGCGGGCCGGGGAGGAGGAGGCGGCAGACGAGGAGGAGGCGGCAGAUGAGGAGGAGGAGGAGGAAAGCGCGGAGGAGGGCGGGACGGCCCGGCUGAAUGGCAGAGGCAGCCGAGCGCAGGACGGCGAGGAGAGCUGGAUGCAGCGUGAGGUGUGGAUGUCUGUGUUCCGCUACCUCAGCCGCAGAGAGCUCUGCGAGUGUAUGCGGGUGUGCAAGACCUGGUACAAAUGGUGCUGCGACAAGAGAUUGUGGACGAAGAUUGAUUUGAGCAGGUGCAAGUCCAUCACUCCCCAGGCCCUGAGCGGCAUCAUCAAGAGGCAGCCAGUCAGCCUCGACCUUAGCUGGACCAAUAUCUCCAAAAAACAGCUCACCUGGCUUGUCAACAGGCUGCCAGGCCUGAAAGACCUCAUCUUAGCAGGCUGUUCCUGGUCUGCAGUCUGUGCACUCAGUACCUCCAGCUGUCCCCUUCUCAGGACCCUCGAUCUUCGGUGGGCAGUAGGAAUCAAGGACCCUCAGAUCCGGGACUUGCUCACACCUCCCACAGACAAACCCAGUCAAGACAAUCGCAGCAAACUCCGCAACAUGACAGACUUCCGGCUAGCUGGUCUGGACAUCACCGAUGCCACGCUCCGGCUCAUCAUCCGCCAUAUGCCCCUGCUCUCACGACUUGACCUUAGUCACUGCAGCCACCUUACGGACCAGUCGGCCAACCUCCUAACGGCCGUGGGGUCUUCCACGCGCAACUCACUCACUGAGAUCAACAUGGCAGGUUGCAAUAAGCUGACAGACCAGUCCCUGCUGUACCUGCGGCGCAUCUCCAACCUUACCCUGAUCGACCUGCGAGGCUGCAAGCAGAUUACCCGUAAAGCCUGCGAGCACUUCAUCUCAGACCUGUCCAUCAGCAGCCUCUACUGCCUGUCCGACGAGAAGCUGAUCCAGAAAAUCAGCUAGAGACCAACCCCAGGCAGACUGAGAAGGAAAGAUCCCAUCCCACCCCUCUUGAAGAGGCGCUCUUCCUCCCCAGCCCUGUCCUGCUGUGAGGCCAGCAUCCUGCACUCCUCCAGCACCCACCUCCACAGGCAGGGCAGUAGCCAGCCCCACUCCACUAGGUCUCCUCCUCCUCCUCUUCCUGGGAGUUCGGCAGCAGAAGGGGUCCUGCCAGGCUGACCCAUAGCUGAGGAGGAAUGGGCCGUGGCCGGGGGAGCUCGUUCUGGAGCCUGGCUGCUCUUAGUGUGAGGUUGUGCAGAGGUGUCUUCGCAGGGAAAUGUGCCCCUCUUUUCUCCCCGCCUUGGCACCCCAAGCAGAUUUCACUUCCUACUCAGCAUGAGCAAGGGGAGUGCCCUGGAAAAGGGAUUGGAGCUGGAUGGUAUGAAGCAAGCAUGCCUGGUCUCUCCAGGACCACUGCCACAGGGGUGGCUGUUGGCCCUGUGGCUUGUCAUACUUGGCACACAUGCCACAUCUUUGCCCCCUGAGCUUUUCCUCCUGUUGGCCUUGCCUCACUGAAGUGGCCAGGGUUUGCCUCCUGCAGCUUGUAUGUGGAGGGUGAGAGCCCUAUGGCAGUGGGUUCUCAAGGCUAGGUGUCUCCCUUGGCUAGCCAAGCUUCCACUCCAGAGCAGCACUAGACUGCUCACAGCAUCAUCUAUCCACACCCCCAUGAGGAUGAGUGUGUCCAGCCCUUCUGGAAGGGCUGGGGGUGGGUGUCUGCAGGUGGCCAGGUCCAUCAGAGCUCAGGGAGGUCUCUGAAGGCAUCCAGAGGGGUUUCUGGAUUCUGCACAGGGUGGGCUACAUGCUCUCCCCACCCCCUCGGGCAGGCUAGUAUAAUUAAGCACUCUUGGGAUGCUGCGGCCAGAGGAGAGGAUGCUUCUCCAUCCUGUCACCCAGCGUGUAGCUGUCAGCUCUCGAACUGGGAGAUGUGGAAGGGAGUGUGAAAGUCCCCAUCCCCCUACCCCUUUAGCUGCCACUUUUCCUUUGCAAUGAAUGGUCGGUCCAAAGAACCCUCUCUCUUGGGCAGCAGAGAGCUUUUUGCACUUUAAAAAGAAAGGUUGGAAUCUUAUUUUGGGUCAUUAUUCCUCUCCCUCCCCCUCCUCCCUCCCCCAAGUGACUGGACGCUCCCUUGACUGUCUGAGCUUGUUGAUGUUUAAUGCACAGUUUGCACUCUGCUCUCUCCCUCCCCUCCUCCUGCCCCUCAAAUCCUCUCCUUCUAAGCAUACUGAUAGCACAAAACCAGCCUGCCACGUGUUCCCCCAGCCCCUCUCCAGCCUUACAGGGGAGAAAAGAACUCUCUAAGCAGCAGGGAAAAGGGGGAGGGACAAGUGGUUGUGAAACCUCAAAGGAGAAUCAACCAGAUGCACCCUCACUGCUUCAAAAGCAAUAAGGGAGGCAGAAGCAGCUGUCACCCCUCCAGCUCUCCCCAUUGCCUGCUGGCUCUGAAUUCUCUGGCACCAAUGUCUUCUGCUGCUGCAGUGUUGGCUGGGGGUGGGGAAUGUCUUUGUUUAGAUCCACUGAACCUCCAGUGGGGGGGCUCAGGUCCUGUGCUUCCCCUCCCCUCCUCUGGCCUCCAUAUCAUGAGCCUGCUUGCUUGCUGACUGGAACGUGCAAGUGUGAUGAAUUCCACAGUGCCUCAGUACAUGGGAGUUUUGCUACAAUGGAUCGUUAAGAGUUUUGGGUGGGGGGGAAGCUCACUUUAUCAUCACUGACCUAGGAGUGGAAGCUUUCUGCCAUUUUGUUUUUGGUAACUCCUGUGGAAAACAGAAGAAUCAAACUACUUAUUUUUAUUUGUUUUAAAGGAAGGCAGGGGAAGCUAUAAACAGGAUAUAUAAGUGCAUCCAACCUGGGGGACACUCCAGCCCAGAGGAUUUCUGGGCUGGCUUGUCAGUUUGAAAAAUAAAAGCAUCUUAGCUACUGUCACAUAUGCAUUCAGCGCUGAGCAACAGUGGAUCAGUGUGCCAGGAGUGUCCACGGUAGGCAGGAGGAGGAGUCAAGCUGAUUGAUGGGUGAAGGAAAUGGUCAGUCUUUAAGUUCGCUGUCCCACAGCCUUCUCAGACGCAGCCUUCCAAUAAGUCUGUGGCUUCAGAGACUUAAUAAAAUAAAAUAAAAUAAAGGUGUGAUACUUGUUCCUGUAACUGGCCACCACCUUGGAGGGCAAGGGAUGAAAAUCCACAAAGGAAAGAAGAAAUAAAUAAAUAUAUAUAUAUAUAUGAAAUCACUUAGUGAUUUAAAAAAAAGCCCUGCUCCCUAAAUAAAACUCCCUGAAGAAAGUCACUAUUGGUUUAAAGGGUUUUGGUUGUGUUUUUGUGUUUUGUUUUGUUUUCCCCCAGAGAAAUAUUGUAAAUAUAUAUUUUUGUUGGCGAUUUAGAGUCCAUCUCCAACAUUUGUGCUUUAAAAUUAAAUGUAAGCAUUAAGGGUAAAAGAAAACAAGUCUUAUGCUGUUUGGGUUGGGGGUUAUUAUUUGGGGGCAAAGGGAUGGGGAGCUAGUUGGAAUUUUUUUGUUUUUAUUUUCUCUUCUAAGCAUUCUCCAGUACUGGUUUUAGAGAGAAUCUUUACUCAUAACCUAUUACCACAUGAACAGGAGAGACAUUUGUGGGGGAGGGAGGGGAAGAUACCAGCCUCUGAAGGGAAAUAUUUUGUUUCUUGGGGGUGGAUUUUUGGAAUAAAAGUUUAAAGAAAACA